ACAAUACGCCAAUACAUUGUCCCGAUUCGUACGGGUAAACGGACUACGAAUACGAGGUCGUCUCAAUUUGGAAAUGGGAUUGGGAGGAAAAUGGGGGACGAUAGCGGCGGUGGUGGGGAUAGCGGUGGCGGUGAGGGCUCUGAGCAAGCAGUAUGGGUGGGAGGUGGACAAGGACGCUGCUUUUGAUUGGUUUAAGCAAAUGUCUGAUCGGCUGGGAUGCUGGGCGAUCCCGGCCUAUAUUGGCCUACACACCGUCACACUUGCGCUUUGCCUGCCCUAUGCCGUCUUCUUCGAGGCCGGCGCCUCUUUCCUCUUCGGAUUCUUCCCUGCCGUCUUAUGCGUCUUUGCCGCCAAGCUCCUUGGCGCCUCCCUCUCUUUCUGGAUCGGCAGGCUUUUGUUCAAGAGUUCUAGCUCCGCUAUGAACUGGGCCCACAGCAACAAAUACUUUAAUGUGCUUUCUAGGGGAGUUGAGCGGGAUGGAUGGAGGUUCGUUCUUCUUGCCCGCUUCUCACCUAUACCCUCGUACAUUAUCAACUAUGCACUAGCGGCAACGAGAGUCAGGUUCCUUUUGGAUUUUCUUCUGCCUACGGCAGUUGGCUGCCUGCCUAUGAUCUUGCAGAACACGUCAAUUGGUAGUCUUGCCGGUGCUGCUAUGGCUUCUGCAUCUGGGUCACGAAAAUCUCAGGUCUGGUCUUAUAUCUUCCCGGUUCUUGGUAUCUUUUCCAGCAUCCUCAUUUCCUUGCGGGUUAAAAAGUACUCCAAGGAUAUCGCUGCUGAUGAAGGCAUUUCAAGCGAGGAUAAGGAUGAUGUUAAAUCUGUUCAGUCUAGUAAAACAACAGCUAGUAGAGAAGCAAGCAAAGUCACACAUAGAGGCAAGAGAUGAGCCUUUCACCCUUCCAAGUUUCCACAUUGCCAAUCAUUUUGUGUUUUAAUAUUUCAAAUUAGAUGAUUUCUGCAGACUAGUUAAAACCACUUCUUAUUUCAAGGAAAUUAGCAACCGAGACUAUCCUAUUUUCAUUUC